AGCGAGCAUUAACGAUUGUCAACAGCAUGUCAUUCAAUGACACUCGCACGAAUCUACGUACAAAGGCUAGACAGGAUAACCACAAACCCAAUGAAGUGAUCAAAAUACUGAUUGAACAAGGACAACAGCACAGCGUGGACCUCAAGAGCAAGGGAAAUAGGAAAGGAAGACAUCAGAGUUCUGAUUCGACCGACUGCUUGGGCGUUUUUGGAGGCGAGAGAUAA